AUGGCCACGAGGGCCGGGGGAGCGCGGGGAAAGGAGGGAUCGCGGGAGGGACGGGAGGAGAGAUGCGGGCGGGGGGGUGAGUGCGAAGGGCGGACGGAGGAAAGGAAGGCGGCGGAGCUGUGUCCCCGCCGGGCCCCGGGGGCGCGGGAAGAGCCCCUCCUGGGGAGCCCCGGCACCUCCGCCGCAAAAGGCCCGCGGCUCGGUGUGAGCGCGGCUCCGGUGCUGGAGCGGAGCGGGGGUGUCUGCGCCGGGGGGCACCCGGCCCGUGGGGAGCGGUACCGGCGGGGAGACCCCUGCGAGGGAGGCCGAAGGCAGAAGCCCCCGGUGUCCGCCCCCGCCUCGCCUGAAAGGUCUGGGGAAUUGCGGGGUGCGGGGCCCAAACGGGGAGGGGGCCCGGCAGCGGAUAUUUGCUGCGGGGAGAAGCCUCGCCGGAGGCGGAGAGGGCGGGAGGGCAGCGGGAGAGCGGCGAUGCUGCGGCCCGGGAAAUGCCGUCGUGGGGGGACCUGGCAGUCGUCGCAACGCGUUGCUUUUCUGGGUUCCGCCAAGGGCUUUUGCACCGCCGGGGCCCGAGCGUUUCGGGGCGAAGCAGACGCGUGUUCCCAGCGGAUGGGGGGUUCCUGCCCUUCUUCCCCUCGGGCCCUCGUCGUUUCCGCAGCGCGGAGCCGUUCCCGGCGGAGAGGCGAUGGGGCAGUCCCGGCCUCCCCCCGGCCUCCCCUCCCACCUGCUCGGGCGAUGUGCGAGCGGGGGCAGCGGAGAAACCCUCCUCGCCCUCUCCCUGGUGCCCUUCCGACAGCCUGCGGGCUCUAUCCGUUCCCGGCCCGGCGCGGGGAGAAGCGGGGCCCGGGGGCAGCACCGCUAACGGCGGGGCGAGCGGCCCCUCGGCCCGGCUGGAUGCCCUCGGCGACGCGGAGCGGCCGGGGACCGGGGCGAGCGCCCGCGGGGCCGGGCGAGGCCCUGCUGGGGCCGCAGGACAGGGCCCGAGCCCGUCGGCAGCCCCGCACCCUGCCGCCCGGUCCCUCGGCCUUGCCCCGCUCACCCCUGCGGGACCCCCCCGCGGCCGGCGCGGCGUGGGGAGCGGGGUCUCCCUCGCGGAUUCGGGACCUCGGCGGGGACCCGCUCCUCUGCCGCCCGGGGCCCGGGAGGGAGGCCGAAGGCAGAAGCCCCCGGUGUCCGCCCCCGCCUCGCCUGAAAGGUCUGGGGAAUUGCGGGGUGCGGGGCCCAAACGGGGAGGGGGCCCGGCAGCGGAUAUUUGCUGCGGGGAGAAGCCUCGCCGGAGGCGGAGAGGGCGGGAGGGCAGCGGGAGAGCGGCGAUGCUGCGGCCCGGGAAAUGCCGUCGUGGGGGGACCUGGCAGUCGUCGCAACGCGUUGCUUUUCUGGGUUCCGCCAAGGGCUUUUGCACCGCCGGGGCCCGAGCGUUUCGGGGCGAAGCAGACGCGUGUUCCCAGCGGAUGGGGGGUUCCUGCCCUUCUUCCCCUCGGGCCCUCGUCGUUUCCGCAGCGCGGAGCCGUUCCCGGCGGAGAGGCGAUGGGGCAGUCCCGGCCUCCCCCCGGCCUCCCCUCCCACCUGCUCGGGCGAUGUGCGAGCGGGGGCAGCGGAGAAACCCUCCUCGCCCUCUCCCUGGUGCCCUUCCGACAGCCUGCGGGCUCUAUCCGUUCCCGGCCCGGCGCGGGGAGAAGCGGGGCCCGGGGGCAGCACCGCUAA